AUGGGUCGAAGGUCGUCAAAAAAACGCGUCCCCACUGAAAUAAACUGGAUUAAAAGCAAGCACGAGGAAUUCACGCACCUUGAUUUCUUCAAUUUCUUUGUGAGCUACCCGAAAAGAAGGGCUCAAUUGCGGUUUCUGACUUUGGUGGAAUUUGUGGAGGAUGAGGAGAAGCGUAAAAAAAUUCUCCUUGACUAUAAAAAGUGGCGCCAUAGCAGAAAUGCUAAGGAGUAUUGGAAGAGGCGACAAGACGUUGAGCUUGGGGAAGAAGAUGAAUCAGAGGCAAGCUCUUCUGUGGCCGGCAACAGCACCACUAUGUCCGUCAUCACCACCACCUCCACCACCACCACCACCACCCCCACCACUACCAAUGCUAAUGAUGCCACUGAAACGAUCAGUUUGGCUGAAGCAAAGAGAAUCAUCAUCAAUAGCCUGCCACUUACAAGUAUUGAUUCCAACAACAACGUAUAUGCCAGUAGUUUAAUGCGUUUUAGGUCUGACAUCCUGGAGUCAACAGGGCCUCUCCUGACAUACGAGUCCAACCUACAACAUCUUCUUGCUCUGUCGAAUAUCCUGUUCAUCGGCAAG